UCAAAGACUCAAACACUGACUGCACAGGUGAAUGCAACUAAAACAAUCAAGUCUGUGAGAGUCUCUGAUGGAGGAAGAUACCAGUGUAGAGCACAACGAGGAAUCUACUACGGCAAGUACAGCAAUGCGGUUGAUAUAACAGUAAGAGAGAGACCCAAACCUGUAGUUGGUGUUGAUCCUGAUAGACAUGUGUUCAGAGGAGAGACGGUCACUCUCACAUGUGACAUACAGCAGACAGGAGACUGGAAGUACAGCUGGAAUAAAGACAACACACACUAUUGCACCAUAGGACAAGAUCAGAAAUAUAUAAUCACAUCUGUGGAUUGGUCUCAUAGUGGUGUGUACAGCUGUAGAGGAACUCAGUCAGAAGCACCAGCAUACUCUCAGAUGAGUGAUGGAGUUACACUGACAGUAUCAGAUAAACCUCAGCCAACUUUGACUAUAAAUCCUCAGAGUUUGAUGUUCACUGGAGACACAGUUAGUCUGAGUUGUGAUGUGGGACAGUUAACUGGAUGGAAAUUUUUCUGGACAAAAGAUUUAAACUUUGAAACCAUGGGUGAUGCAACUAAAAUGAUCAAGUCUCUGAGCAUAUCUGAUGGAGGAAAAUACUGGUGCAGAGCAAAACGAGGAAACUACGACAGCGAAUACAGUAAUGCAGUUGAGAUAAUAGUAAAAGAGAGACCAAAACCUGUAGUUGGUGUCAAUCCUGAUAGACAUGUGUUUAGAGGAGAGACGGUCACUCUCAUAUGUGACAUACAGCAGACAGGAGAGUGGGAGUACAGCUGGAAUAAAGACAACACACACUAUUACAGCACAGGACAAAACCAGAAAUAUAUAAUCACGUCUGUGGAUUGGUCUCAUAGUGGUGUGUACAGCUGUAGAGGAACUCAGUCAAAAGCACCAGCAUACUCUCAGAUGAGUGAUGGAGUUACACUGACAGUAUCAGGUGAGAGCUUCAGUCUCAACAUUGAGUCUAAGUGUGCAGAAUAUGUUUUCAAAUAGGCCAUAGUAUUACAUGCAGACAGAGAAAAGCAAAAAAGACAUUUAGUUUUAGUAAUAAAAUAGAUGUUUUGUCUUCAUUAAUGAUCAUACUGAAGCUCUAAUAGCAGCUGCUUAAUCUUGUCCUUACGUUCUGUGAUAUAUGAGGUGUUUUUUGAAAAAUGUAAGGUCUCAAUCUUUCACUUUAACCUUAGCAUUUAAAAUAAAUUUAACACUUCAUUAUGGUCUUUUCAUAUUUGUCAUUUACUGAUCUGCAAUUGGUUUGUCCUUUUUAUAGUUAAUUGAUUAUAAAUCACUAGACCUGAAACUUUAAGAUUAUUUUUUGAAACUUUAUUGGGUUUUUUUUCUAGAAAUCAAAAUAAGUAGUGGUUCCUCUUUAGGAACUCAAGCUGCUUUGAAGCACUUAUGGAGAGACACCUUCAGUGUGACUGUGCUCUGUGUAUCACAUGUAUAGUUAGUCCAAUGGAAGGGUGAGACGUCAUAUGUGGAUGAUGUCAUCAGCCAGGAAGCAUAAAAGCAUGCGGAGUUAAACAGUUUUUAUUUUUCUGUCAUUAAGCAAGUGCUCUGUGUGUGUCAGUCUUAUUUGUUGUUCUCUUUCCUUUAUCACACUUUAUUUUAAGAGCUAGUAAAGACAACAUAGGACAAACUGUGUGUUCUUCUCCUCCGGCUGAAAAAGUUUUUAUGUCUGCUUAAGAGCAGACCACACAGAGUCAGCUCUCGAGGGAGCUCAUAUGUUUCUAUCUGUGCUUUUUUCUCAAAAAAGCAACUCUCAAAAACAGAGGAAAUGACAGAUGACUUACAUUGCUGUAUAAGCACCAAACACUGAUUCUUUACAAAAACUGUAAAAUAGUUCUUUAAAACUGACUGGCUAAUCACAAUGUUAUUCCAGGAUCAAAAUAAGAUGCUGACCUAGGAACACGUAGAACAUAUGCAGAACAAAAUCUGCAUGCGUAGUGAUCACACUUCUCCCGCUGUGAAUACUGAGGAGUGUGUCUGUGCCUGCUCGAGGUUCUGGUCCAACUGAGGCAAAGUGGUGAUUUGUGAGGAAUUAAAUGGGUUUAUCAUUGUAUUUGAAGAGAUACAGCCUUCUUCUCUCCUCCCUCACUCACUCUCUAUGUAAUAAGUACUUAGCGUUAAUUCCAGAGUAAGAAACACAGUGCUCUCUCUUUGUCUGAGGAGGUUGAGGUGACAGCACGGGCUGCUUCUCAUUCAGAGAGCCACUUCUCACACUCUCCAUAAUUUUGUCUGAGUGAUGCUCCCGGGCCGUAGGCUUUUAACAGGCAGCAGGUCUAUGGAAUGUAAUUCUUGCUUAACAGUCUUCAGCUAAAAUGUCCUGAAGCUUUGGACCAGGACUUUUGGGGGCCAGCCCCCUCUGGGGAAGAGCUGUGUAUAUCGCAUUACAUGGUGCUUGUCUCUCCUCGGUACCCUCAGGAGGUCUGUCUGCCAACCCUGUCAGAAUUCCUAGGCAGCGGUCUCCAGCAAGCGCUGCUCUCAGUCUUUUUUGCCAGGAAAUGUAGCAGAGCUGAGAGCCACUCUGAGAACCGAUCUAGCCUCUCUGGUAACACAUGAGGGCAGUCUCAAGAGACUGGUUGCCUUACUACUGUCAAAAAUGUUUUAUUGUGGAAAGAAGCUAUAGAAUCCAGUAAGGUUCUCCACCUCUAUAUUUCAGAUGGGCAUUCCCACCCUGGAGGGCCCCAAGCAGGCUCUGGUUGUGGAACAGGAAGUAAACACUCUUUUCAGGGAGGAGGCCAUCAAUGUGGUCCCUCAUCAUCUAAGAGAAACGGUUUUAGAGCCAGUACUUCAUAGUUCUGUUUUGAUUCAAUUCCAAAGAAGGAUGGAGGACUGAGGGCUAUUUUAGAUCUCAGGCACAGUUGCUCUGAAGGCAUCUCCCCAUAUGCGGGUAUUGUUCCCUCAAGGAACCAUGGUUACAUACACAACCUGGAGACGUUUUCCAUGCAAUACAAUAUAUAUAUCUUCUUCUUCUUCUGCUUAUCCGGGGCCAGGUCGCGGGGGCAACAGUCUAAGCAGGGACGCCCAGACUUCCCUCUCCCCAGACACUUCCUCCAGUUCUUCCGGGGGAACACUGAGGCGCUAGAGACAUAGUCCCUCCAGCGUGUCCUAGGUCUUCCCCAGGGCCUCCUCCCGGUGGGACAUGCCCGGAACAUCACCCUUGGGAGGUGUCCAGGAGGCAUCUGGCACAGAUACCCGAGCCACCUCAGCUGGCCUCUCUCGAUGUGGAGAAGCAGCGGGUCUACUCCGAGCUCCUCCCGAGUGACCGAACUCCUCACCCUAUCUCUAAGGGAGCACCCAGCCACC